AUGAUCUUUACACUGAAUACGAUAUCCAAGGUUUUCGCCUUGGUAUCGUUCAUUCUCAGUAUGCUUUGCCUGUUUGCUGGCUCACAAAAUUCGGUAUUGCAGAAUGCGAGUGUCAUGAUGCUUGAUACUUCAGCAUCCCAGCCUACCUCAGCAAUCCAAUCAGCGGUGAAUAGUACCACAGCUGAUUUGGGUUUAAAAGACUUCUAUGCCAUACACGUUUUGUCAUACUGCGAAGGAACUUUCAAAAGGGCUGGCGAGGGCGGACUGAACUUGACAAGCUGCUCAAAACGCAAAGCACCCUUUGCAUUCAAUCCGACGAAAGUCUUCUCUACGGAGUUCAAGGCUGGCUUUAACAUAUCGGAUAUCAACUGGCCAGACAGAAUCAACGAUGACUUUGAAGUCAUGGAAAUGACUGCCAAAGCCAUGUCAGUGCUGUAUGUCGUUGGCGUGGCAGCAACGGGAGUCGCGUUUCUCAUGGAAAUUCUCCUUACGCAAGCUGGAGGAAAGCCAUCCAUGUUUGCGCAUUUAUUCUUUGUUGUGCUCAGUUUUGUUUGCCUGGGGAUCUCGUCCUCCUUGGCGACGGUGAUUGCUGUUCAGUUCGUGAACCUUAUCAACCGACAUGGUCAAGAAUAUGGCCUCGUCGCAAAAGGGGGCGGUAGCUUCCUGGGCAUGACAUGGUCUGCCGUUAUGCUGUCUUUCCUCACGAUUGUUUUUAGUGUCAUUACAUUACCGUCCUCUGCCAGUCCUCCCGUCUUAGAGAAGGAAAUUGAAGAUGUGUAG